AUGGAAAUCAAAACAACCAUCCCGAUAGAGAAAAAGUACAAAGGGUUCAACGAAACCUUUAAACUUUGUGCCUUCUCGUUAGCAUUUGCUUUCCUGUACCCUAACAGGAAAACAGCCCUGAAGAGAUGCUUGACCAUCACUUUAAUUGUCACCUUCUGUGGUGGCCAACUUUUCUGGUUCAUCACUUACACCUUCAAAUGCCUCUAUACCUUGGACCUCUACAACUUCGCGAGAAACAUGACACUAGCCGUCGUUCUUAUUCUGUUUUUCGUUAAAACGUAUUAUGCUAUCUAUGCAACCCAAAAGUUUGCUCCAUUACUCGAUAAAAUAUCUGAAGACCUUCUAGAAGCCAACAAUUUGGGAGAACGACAGCAAAAACUGUACGACGAACAUAUCAAAAUAGCAAAAGUUGGGGAGAUAUCCUGGCUGCUGGUUCCUGUACUCAUGAGUGCUUUGUUCCCUAUUUAUGCUGGAACCUUAAUGAGUAUAGAGAGCAUACAGACUGAUGAUUACCAGAGACGUAUGGUACACGACAUGGAACUGCUUUACGUAGAAGACAUACAGAGUGAAACACCUUUCUUUCAGUGUAUGUUUGCCUAUAACUGCGUCCAAUGCGUUGUUCUUGUUCCCAAUUACUGCGCAUUUGAUGGCUCUUUCUGCAUAGCGACAACACAUCUACAGCUGAAGCUAAAGUUGAUGGCGUUAAAAGUCAGCGAUGCUUUUAAGUAUUCGAAAAACAAAUAUGAAUUGCGAAUGAAAAUGAAUGAGGCAAUCAGAGACCACCAAGAUGCGUUAGACUUUUAUGUUCAAACCCAAAACGUAUUUGGACCUUGGUUAUUUGCUGUAUUUCUACUUACGUCUUUCCUGAUAUCGUUCAACUUGUACCAAAUAUAUUUACUACAGCGGAUAGAUCCAAAGUACACGUCAUUCGGGGUGGUCGGCGUAUUGCACAUUUACUUGCCAUGUCAGUAUGCGAGCUCCUUAACUAAGGUCAGUGAAGAAAUUCCAAACGACUUGUACGUAGUGGACUGGGAAGUGUGGGCGGACCCUGAGGUCACCAAACUGCUGAUCUUCAUGAUCACCAAGGCCCAGAAGGAGAUGGUAGUCACUGGGAUGGGCCUGGUGGUCUUCAAUAUGGAGCUGUUCAAGUCUAUCAUGCAAACCUCUUACUCCUUCUUCACUUUGAUUACUGCUUAA